UUACUUGCAUGCAAUAGGAAAAACUGCUAAUGAACAAAUAUGUGUUGGUUCAUGGAUAACAGUCGCGCCGCCCAGCGCACACGUCGCCCACCUUGCCGCCGUCGCUCUCGCAUGUCACGCACCUUGCUAGAGCACCCGCGCACGUCGCAGACCUCGCCGCUGCACCCCGAGCAAGUUGCCGCCGGUGGUCAUUGGCCGGUCCGCUCGGUCCGGCCCGGGCUUGGCCGCCGCCGGUCCGGUCCCUCAAAUCAGGACCGCCAUGAUGCUCGGUCCGGUCCGGUCCGGACCGCCGGCGGCCGGUCCAAACGACGGCUCGGACCGGCCCGGACCGUGUCCACCCUGAGCCGCUACCGCUCCAUCAUCCUCGCCUGCACCCUCUACGUCCUGGGAUACGGCAUGGUCACUCUAGCGUCCACUCUACUGGAGCAAAGCUCCUUGCCGGCUGGCGACAUCCAUACCUCUUCCGGCCCUUCGUCGCUACAGGUGGCCUUCCUCUAUGCCUCGCUCUACCUAAUCGCCCUGGCGCAGGGCGCCGACAAGCCGUGCGCCUUGGCUUUCGCAGCCGACCAAUUUGAUCCCGAGCACCUCAAAGAGCGUGCAUCCCGUAGCUCCCUCUUUAACUGGUGGUUCUUCUCGAUGGCUGCCGGCAUCUCCAUCUCCGUCGCCGUCGUCAGCUACAUCCAGGAGAACAUCGGUUGGGGAAUCGGCUUUGGCAUGCUUUGCACCAUCAUGGUUUGUACCUUCAUCGUAUUCCUCUCUGGCACCCCCACCUAUCGCUUCUGCGUUCCCACCACCGAUGUUGAGAGUCCUUUCGCCCGCCUCGGUCGUAGCCUUGGCACACUCAUCAAGAGCUCAAGCUUCCCCUUUAGUACAAAUGGACACCAAGACGAGGAUGUUGUGGCCAAAUCCGAGGAGGCGCGCAACAUGCUCCGUGUGUUGCCGAUCUGGGCGGCAUGCCUGGCGUAUGGGGUUGCGUACGCACAAAUCAUGACGCUAUUCAACAAGCAGGGUCGCACGUCGAAUGUUAUAAAAAAGUGA